UCAGCCCCUUCUCUAUAUGAACGGACCCCCUUCCCUCCCUCCCUCAGCUGACCGAAGACGACUGGCGACGCGCCCCCCGGCUUGCUACCCUCCCAAGGCGACCCGUGGAAGCAGAGCGAGAGAAAGAACCAGCUAAGGAGGUGGAUCCCAAGGCAUCUGUGAAGGAAGCUUUGGCAUCCGGUGACUUCAAGAACGUGAUAAAACUGAUCGAAAAAGGGACUGACGUGGAUACUCUGAUUUACGAGAAUAACGACCAAGGGAUGCGAGCGGUUCAUUACGCUGCCCAGAGCGGCAGCAUGGAGAUGCUGAGAGCGCUGAAGCAGAGGAAAGUCGACCUGAAGCCUGUGACCCGGAAAGGCUUCACGGCCCUCCACUGCGCCGUCUUGAGCGGCCAGCUGCCCGCCGCCCGGUGGCUGGUGGCAGAGGCGGGUCUCGACGCUGCCUGCCAAAGCAAAGGGGGGGAAACUGCCCUGGACUUGGCAAAAAUACUAAAAAGGACAGAGAUUGCUGCUUACCUGGACGGGUUGACCCAAAAGCCAAGGGGCGCAGAAGGAACGACUUUCCGGCCAAACGUUCAGCAGAGGAGGGUUAGGGAAGGUGGCGCCACGCAAGAGUUAAACCUGGAACAGUUAAUCCAGCAACCGAGGGGCGCAGAAGGAACGUUUUUUCGUCCAUUUGUUCAUGCCAGGAGGGUUAGGGAAGGUGGCGCCACGCAAGAGUUAAACCUGGAACAGUUAAUCCAGCAACCGAGGGGCGCAGAAGGAACGUUUUUUCGUCCAUUUGUUCAUGCCAGGAGGGUUAGGGAAGGUGGCGCCACGCAAGAGUUAAACCUGGAACAGUUAAUCCAGCAACCGAGGGGCGCAGAAGGAACGUUUUUUCGUCCAUUUGUUCAUGCCAGGAGGUUUAGGGAAGGUGGCGCCACGCAAGAGUUAAACCUGGAAAAGAGAGCCAAGGAAUCUGCGAGAGCCGGAGAUGUUCUGAGCCUGAAAGCUGUUGUGCGACGAGGCUUCAGUGUCGAUGCGGAGUUCCAGGAAGUUCCAAAUAAAGGCUGGCGACUUCUUCACUUUGCUGCCGAUAGAGGGCACACAGCCCUUGUUGACUUUUUGAUACAGGAGAAUGCCAAUGUAAAUGCUGCAACGAAGGACGGCAUGACUCCGCUCCACCUGGCGUCCUGGGGAGGCCACACGGAGGUCAUCAGGGCGCUGCUUUCUAAACGCGCAAACGGGAAUGCGAAGACCACGGAAGGCAUGACGGCGAUCCACUUGGCGAGUAUGGGCGGUCACGUGUCCUCGAUGGAGGCGCUGACGCCCACGUGUGGCGUCGUUUCCGUCAACCGCGACGGGAAAUCGGCGCUGCACCUGGCGGCCGAGUACGGAAACUUAGGCGCUGUGCAAUGGCUGCACCUGCAAGGGCUUGAUGCUUCUUCAAGGGAUGAUAAAGACUGGACGCCUCUCCAGUACGCGAAGGACGAGGGACACAAGAAGGUGGUGGACUUCUUGGAGAAACUGGAAAAGCAACACUCACCACAAGGACUGACGCAACACGAGAAAGAGCUCAAGGAUCUUCAAGCAAAGUUGAAAGCCAAGGAGACGGAAAUCCAGCUUCUCAACAAGCAACAGGACUUGAAAGAUCGAAUGCAGGAAAGAGCACAAGCUCAGAUUAAGGACGAACUUCAAGAAAUGCGUGAGAUUCUGAAGGCCCAAAACGACUUGAUUGCACGCCUUCAAGACACGAUGCUGUCGAGAGGCGAACCAGAGAAGGAAGAAAAGAAGUAACAUCGAUGGACUCCAUGACACCCACUUAUUCGAAACUAACGGCUACAAGAACUUUAUUUAUAUAGUUAUAUGAAGGGGGAGUAGGGGUAGAGUCUACAAAAUAAAGUCUUGUUGUGCAAGGUAUCCUUAUGAAGUCUUGAAUAAAGGUGAAGAGUAUUUCCCUAUAUGAUGAGUUAUAUAUAUAUAUAUAUAUAUAUAUAUAUAUAUAUAUAUAUAUAUGCUGCCAAUACGGGGGAGCCAGAGAAGCUCCCCAGUCGGCGAAGAACUGUCUGUAAGCCCUUGUGCUGCUGCUCCAGGCUGAGGCGCGGCUGGAGAAUGAUCUGUAGAUGUUUCUGCUCCGGACCCUCAGGAGAAGAAGAAGUAUUCGGGAGCUGUGUCUGCGAACCGAGAACGAAACGCACCCGCGGUCGAAUCAGCGAGCCUGAAGGUGUCUGCGUCAACCAGUAAGGUCUCAGCAGCGUGUCGAGAGAAGCGCCUGACGGUGAGAGAGCAAGGGCGAGCCUGCUUGACCUGGCGUGACCCAAGCUGGGCAGGAAGGGGCGCUGAGCUGUGGAGGUUACAGGUCGUGGCCACACUACAAUCAUGUAAAAAUAUUAUCAGUAAUUAAUAUAAUAAUGAUGACAGGAAUCCUCUUAUUUACUAAAUCAAUUCAGUAACACGGUCAACUUUACACUUUCCCUACUGUUAAAGUCAAUGUCAAUUACAAAAUUAGAUAUAAUAAGUGAGACGGGUUCAAGACACCUAAACGCCCCCAAUAUCUUUCCGUUAUUUUGGACGAAUAAAUAAUCAAUCCGCCCACUCUAUCACAAUUUUAUUUCUAUGAAAUUUACUCAUUUGAUCUAUUGGGCCGUUCCCGGUUCAUCCCUAAUUCUGUUUCAUUCAUGCGCCCCCCCCCCCCCCCAUAGAAAAAAAAAAGAGAGAAAGAAAUAGACACUGGAUCUAGGUUCCUGCUGGUACAGUCUCAGGUGAUUUUGUGAUGUUUUAUAUAUUUAUGUGUAACAGAUAUAGAUAAGAAAAAUAAUCCUUGUUUUAAUUUACAAAUCAUGACCCAGAAGUAUUCAUGUGCCCAGGCAAGUUCCCCAAACAGUGUUAACCUAUUGUAAAUCCCCAAAUAAGUUAUAUAUAUAUAUAUAUAUAUAUACAUAUAUAUAUAUAUAUAUAUAUAUAUAUAUAUAUAUAUAUGCGUCUGUGUAUGUGUGUAUAUACAUAGAUAGGUAGAUAUAGAUAUAUAGAUAUUGUAAAAAGCAAUAGUCCCUUUUUUCUCUUUAGUUAAAAGUUAACUAUGACAAAACUUUACAGCAUCAACAGGCACUAUGGAAGGCAUCCAUCUCCAAAUAAAACACGAAAGAACAAAAAGCUGUUAACAUUUAUAAGAAAAUGAGAGAGAAAUAAAUAAAGAAGAAAACAAUCUAGAUUUCCUCCGUUUUCCCCGUAUCUUGGCUUCCUCUUGGCCUCUUAUUAUUACCACUUUGGGUUCUCUUCUCUUCCAGAACUUGUCCCUUUUAUUCCUCUUUGCUUCUGAAUGCUUUAACCAUGGCUUUCCCAACGUCCUCCGAUCCCCGUUUGCGCAUUGUUUGAAAUGACUGUUCCAUUAGCCACAGAAAGCGCCGAGUUUCUUUUAGGUUCCAGCCAGCCAUCGGUCGUGGUUAUAGUAUGAGAAAAAAAAAAAACUCCAUUUGUUUUCUUUUUGUUUAUUUGUUUGUCUGGGUGAUGUUCUCUAUCCCAGUUCCCUUCCUGGCGCCUAAUAUUCUCUGGGAAGGAUGUUGCGACAUUUGUAUUUCUUCAAUGAUCUGCUGCAGGUCGAAAGAUCGCUUGCGUUGUCUUUGUGUGAAAUUACAUAGACUGAUUGUAUUACAAAGUAAAAUACAUCUAAAUCUACAUUUU